GGCAUUGUGUCCAAGAAACGGAGAGACACUCAAGAGAGUUUGAGAGGGAGAGGUGUAAAGGAAUGAAAGCCGAGGCCAAGUGAUGAAGCAAGUUGUAUUUCUUGAAGUGAAAAGAAAAGAGGAUGAGAGAUAACUGCUCGUGAUGAAGAGGAAAAGAGCGCCGGGUUGGACGAAAGCGUCUUGAGGACUGAAGAUGUUUCUCAUACAUGGAACAGAGACAGGAGGGGGUAGCACCCACGGUCAAGUUUGCAUGUAUGUAUGUAUGUGAGUGUGUUUGUGUGUUUGGGGGGUGGUGGGGGCAGAUUUAAGAUUUGCAUUUGCCCUACCGUAAAAAAAAACAAAAAAAAACAGAGGAGGGCCUAAACCGGAGCCUGGUCUCCCCUCCUUCUCUUCCUCUUGCCAUGUCCUCCCUCCUUCUGUGUGAGUGUGUAUGUGUGUGUGUGUGUGUGUGUGUGUGUGUGUGUGUGUGAUUAAAGAGUGGAAUUAACACUGCACGCUUUCAACAGUAGGAGCUCUGUCAGUCCAAAAUAGCCGGACGAGGACCACUUCGGGUUUUUUUCUUUUUUCUUGUUAUUCUUUCCACCGAUCCCGUCACACACAGCGAGGUUCAACAGGGCUUUUACACCGACUCAGAGCACCCCUGUAGCGCUCGCUUCUGUGGAGAGCCAAAUCCAAGAUGGCAGCCUGCUCCCGGCUCCAAGGCUGCAAUGUUGGUCAAAGUGAACAGCACCGGCAGGAACCAGCACAUCACCCCUGCUAGUCCUCGCCCUGUUUUUAAUAUCACUCAGUCCACCAGCAGCACCCCCUCCCCUAACCCCACACUCCCCAACAGAACUGCCUCCUUUGGCAAGAUGGACCCCAAGCAGUCCUUUCAUCUCCUCAAGAAGUCCGACAGUGGCAACUUCAGCAUGGUGAUGCCCAGCUCUGGCGUCCCUUCAUCUGCGAAGGUGGUCCGCCCAUCUUCCCCUCAGUAUGCCGCCACACCCCCUGUGCCAAUCUACGAUGAGCCUCCAGCUUCGGAUCCACCGAUUUACGAUGAACCACCAGCCGACAUGGAGGUGGAAGGGGCUGACUACCCGACCCACGACCCAUAUAGACCUACACACAGCAUGCCUCGAUUGGCUCCACCCACUAAACUUCUCCCGUUCCCGCAAGUGAAGCACAAGCGCCAUCCCUCGGCAGGCGAGUACAGUGCAGCUGGGCGUGAAUGCAUCAAGCACAUGGUGAACGUGGACCUCCAGGCGGGAGAAAGCCCAAAAGAGGAGGCUUCAGUGGAGAAAAAGCAGCCGUGGCACAGCCGUCAGAGCAGCCUGGCAUCUCAGGAGUAUCCACCCCCCUCCGCUGUCACCUACCAGGACUCGGGCUACUCGACAGGGCCCUCGCCGAGUCUGCGCAGGAGAACCCGCAGAAGGGUAGUGCCAGGGCACGGGGCGGGGAGUGGCAGUGAUCUCAAUGACAAGCUCAUGGCUGAGAUGAAAGUGGCGUUAAUGAGCUCCGAAGGUUCGCUGAAGAGCACAACACUGCCUGGUCCAAAUUCAGGCUCAGGGGAGGACGUGAUGGGCAGCGAGCGUUCACUGUACAGCAGACACGGAGAUGCGGCAAUGAUGUCACAGGAGGGGUUAGCAGGAGGGCAGAAGAGGACGUACGAGAAGGUGGAUUCGUUGGAGAAGAGUGAAGCAUCUCAUACUAGUCUGUCUUCUCCAGAGCCGCCUGCAUCACCCUCACAGGCAGGAACACUGGAAUCCAAGAGCCAGCCUGAGUUCCGCUCCAAAAGCGGAAAAGACCACGACGAUGACGGGCCACGUCACGGCGCCACUUCCGUCUCCUCGCUGCCUGCGCUCCAGGCGCAUGCCCCUGCCCCUAGUUCCACCUACCAGUACCCAUACUCUACCCUGUGCAAACCCCCAGUUGACACAGAUAUAGAAGCAUGGGCCACCAAAAACCUGAACCAGCACACGCGAGGCCUGCUGCGCCGACGCAUCUCUAUCGCCAACAUGCUGUCAUGGAGCAAUGCCUCCAUCAGGAAGCCCAUGCUGAUCACGAGCGACCGUGCCAUCAAAAAAGAAGCUUGUGAAAUGUUCAAGUUGGUCCAAACUUACAUGGGUGAUCGUCAAGUGACACGCCUAGACCGUCGCCAUGUCGCCCUUCAUGUAGUGACCAAGUGCUGGAGCAUGCAAGGCCUGAGGGACGAGCUGUAUGUCCAGCUGAUCCGCCAGACCACGGACAACCUGAACCUCAGCAGCCUCUGCGCUGGCUGGGAGCUCAUGGCCAUCAGCCUGGCCUUCUUCUCUCCAUCACCCAAGUUCAGACGCUAUCUUGAGGGCUACAUUCAGAGAUACCUGGAGCCCAGUAAUGACAAGAAGAUAUUGCAAAGGAUUGUGGAACAACAGGACAUAAAAAACAAGAAGAACUCGAAGUCCAGGAAGAAGAGGAAGCAGAACAAUGAAGAAGAGGAAGAACAGGGUACAUGUCUGCCAAUCAGCACUUACGCCAAAUACUGCUACCGCAAGCUGCAGAAAGUUGCGGUGACCGGGGGUAAAAAGGGUCUAAGGAAACCUACCCUGGAUGAGAUUGAUCACGGGAGGAACGCCAUAGUGACGCCCUCGCUGUUCGGGAGCGCUCUGGAGGAGAUUAUGGAGAGGCAGAGCCAGCUGUUCCCUCACAGGAGGCUGCCCUGGGUGCAGGUGCAGCUAUCUCAGUGCGUUCUGGCACUCGGUGGAGCCCAGACCGAGGGAAUCUUCAGAGUCCCAGGAGAUAUAGAUGAAGUGAAUGCCCUCAAAUUACAGGUGGACCAGUGGAAAAUUCCAGAAAACCUCUCUGACCCUAAUGUCCCCGCAUCACUGUUGAAGCUCUGGUACAGGGAGUUGGAGGAGCCGGUGAUUCCACAGAGUUUCUAUACGCAGUGUAUCAGUCACUAUGAGGACGCUGAUGCGGCCAUCAGUGUAGUCCAGGCUUUACCAGAGCUUAACAGACUGGUUCUGUGCUACUUCAUCCAUUUCUUACAGGUUUUUGCACAGCCAGUGAAUGUAAGUAAGACCAAGAUGGAUGUGAACAACCUGGCCAUGGUGAUGGCGCCCAAUUGCCUGCGCUGCCAGUCGGACGACCCCCGCAUCAUAUUCGAGAACACGCGCAAGGAAAUGUCCUUUCUCCGCAUCCUCAUCGUGCAUCUGGACACCAGCUUCAUCAAGGACCUUGUGUGAAUUUUACACCUAUAUCAGCGUGCCUCCCUGCAAAUCCGCGUGUCCAUGGGUGUCGCUUUCUUUACAGGGUUUGACCUGCGGCAUUGUUGCGUGUUAACAUGUCAGUGCUUUAUAACUCUGAGAAAAGAAUAAAAAAAGACGUUCUGGUGUCUUGAGGAAAGUGAUGGAGAAUCUCGUCCGCUUAUUAAACGUCUUCGAUAAACGCUCCAGAUAUGAAUCACCAGCAAGUGACUCACUGAUUCACUGAAUAGCAGCAUUCGUUGGAGGUGUUUCUGUCUGAAUCGACCCCCGAGACAUUUUGAGGAAAUGCUCCGAUGCCUUGUAGCAGAAAGAAUGAAUGGAUUCGGAAGUAAACUCCAGCAUAUCUGCAGCAAUCAGACUGUUAACAUGUGAAACCAAAAGUGCAGGGAUCUGUGACUCUUUGUGUUAUUACUAAUAACUCUUUCUUUUCAACAAGUUGGGUUCGGACAUUAUUUUUGGACAACUGCUAUCUUUUUUGUCCAGUGGAGUUCUCUAAUUUAAUAUGGUUUGAGUGUGUCGGAUAUUUAAUAGAUACUAAUCUUUGUGCUAAGGAGUGUAUGAGGCUCUCUUUUGGUCUUAGAUGGUCUGCAAACUAAAAAAGAUCUGUGUGUGUGUGUGUGUGUGUGUGUGUGAGUGUGUGUGUGAGUAAACUGCUUAUGUUGACGUGUGUCUGGAAGACAAAUCUGUUGGCUUCGUCCCGGCCUGCUGACUUUGAACCUGGUGCCUGUAGUCAACUGUGUGUGUGUGUGUGUGUGUGUGUGUGUGUGUGUGAUGGCUUUCUGAAAGGUCAUCCUUGUGUAAUCAAAAGCUCAAGGCAUGGAAGGUGCUUCGAAACCAACUCUCCUUUAUCUCAUCUCCUUCAAAGAAACGAUGUGUUUGAUGUAGCGCAUUCUAUUUUUUCUCCGUGGCGUGUGUCAGCAGAAAGGCACGCGGGUCUAUUCACCGCAUCCGAGCAGUCGAGAUCGCACGCUUAGACGAUAUACAGUUUUUCGCUCCGGCAACUUCGGCAACCAUUUACAGUCCUGACUCCGGGGAGUUGGGUUGUCUGGUAGUGGUGAUUGGAGGCGACUGGGCUCGUGUUGAAAACGUUUUGUCACUCAUGCAUGAGCUUUCAUCAGUUCUCAAACCCACGUCUUGAAGACUAAAACAUGACUCCAUCCGCGGACGACACGGAUGACUGCAAAGCUUCACGGACAUAAUUUUUACUGUGUUAUUUUUCCAUAAGACGGGGCCGAUUUCAUAUCUCAGAUGUGCGGUUAAGGACGUAGCCAGGACCCAGGCUGUAGUAUAUUUAGCUCUUGUGGUCAGACUUUAGGGUUUAGCAUCAGCAUGGGAGCGUUUUGGCUUCUGAUUUUGGAGCGAGACUUCAGGGUUUUUGACCGCAUGUGUUUUUGCACACAGCACACCCUGACUUCUGUUUUUGUUAAAACGUGCACCCCAAAAUAAGACGGUUCUAUCAGACGAAAACAGUCAGGCACGAUUAGCUGCUUGUUAAAACUCCAUGCUGACAUUUCCGCAACUAUCUGUCUGGGUCCUGCUGCUCCACACUGUCAGAUAGCUCACUUUACACAGCCGGAGUCAUUUUUUCUAGUUUGUUUCUUUUCGUCGUUUGUUUCAAUCCACGCAAAAACACGAGACCUGAUCCGGUGGAGAACACAGUAAUCCUGCUGAUGCCUCUUGUAGUCCCAUAUCAUUGUUUGUUUAGACAUCAGAUCCAAGAAUUUUCCCACAUGACUAAUCAGCAUGCCCACGCCACUGACUUCUCUCUCUUCUUCUGUAAAUAUGACUGUACGUCUCCGAUUAUGUUUUUACCAAACUUCUCCCUUUUCAAACAAACAUUACUACAUCCAUGAAGCUAUACUUACAUCUCUCGUCCAUUCAGAGAUCUGUCAUUUGUCAUGUUUUUUUUAAUCUAAUAUUUUUGACGAUUAUGUUGAAUAGUGAACAGAACUGUAGCAGAAAACAGCCACAUUACUCGCAUGUGUGUGUGUUGUUGACCUCCACUAUGCUCCUGUAUUGCACUUACCCGCAUGUCCUCUGCCUUUACGGCUCUCUCUGAUCCUUGCAGGGACUAAUGACCUCCGACUCGCAUUGUAAAUAUAUUUUUCUCCAUGGCCUCUGAUGGGGACAGCUAGAAAAAAAAGAUGGAUGGCAAACAUUUAAUUUCCAUCGUUUCGAAAGAAAGAAUAAAAUUUAUAAAUUUGAAUCAA